AUGGGAGAUCAAGGAUCAGCUGGCGGAGGCGGGGCACCCUCAAUGCAACCGCUCGUGGCCGUGGCCGUGGCCGUGGUGCAACUGGCCCCGCCACGCGGGGCACGGCCCCCAAGCUCCGUGGUGCUAAGAAAUUUGCGCCUAAAAUCCCCACGUCCGGUGCAGCCUCAGGUAACGGAGGUGCCGCAGCAAGUGCAAAUGAUAGCAAACAUUCCGAUAACAAAAAGGCAGCCCGAGGCGGUCGCGGCACAGCUGAUCGUGGCCGAGGCCGUGGUGGCCGUGGCCGUGGUGCCAACCGCUUCACCAACCAGGACGAUGGUAUCUUCUCAAAAGGUUUUGCGACGCGGACUGGAGCAGGAGGAUGGCGGUGACUACGAGUCGGACAGUGACAUUGAUGAGGAUGCUCCGGCGUAUGGCGGCUCGUGGCUCAAUGAGACCACAGCGGAACAGCGCCCGACGUUCCUUCCCAUGCAUGACAAAAAGCUGCAAAAACAAGUCUUGCCCCCUGGGAUUGUGCCCGAUGACGAUGAAGACACGGUUGCGGCAGAUCCUGCAGGUAGUGCACCGCAACAUCCGUGCUUUGGCUUCGUGCCGCGUGCUUUGGCUUCGUGCCGCGUGUUCUCACGGUCAAGUUGCGCCUCCCAGGACGAAGAGUCUCGUCUUCUCUUUCUUCAGUUUCCUGAUAUGCUGCCCGGGCUCAUGAUCAACGGUCAACUCGGCACUUUGCCAGAGGAUGUCGAGCCCACGGGUGCUGAGCGAUGUGCCAAUUUGCGAGACCUGCCAGCCGGAAUCAUUGGGCGCCUGCGCAUUCGUCGUUCUGGCAAAAUGGAACUGGUGAUGGGCAAUGUGACCUUUGAGGUUCAUGAAGGCACACGGGCCAGCCAUCUUCAAGAACUGAUGAUGAUUGACCACGACGGUGGGCAGCCAACUGCCUACAACCUAGGCCAGGUGGAUCGCAAGUUUAUCGUGGCGCCAGACGUGAGCACGGCCUUUCAGCGCAGCGUUUGCAGUGCGCUACGCUCUGCGCCAUGCCCGUACAGGAUAGCGACACCGCGAGCGCUGGGAAGCAGUGCGGCCGAUUCACAUCGACUUCGACUCAUCACGUUCAACGUGCUGGCUCCCUGUCACAAGCGGGUGGGCCAGGGUUUGCGAGAAAGUGCCUUUGCCUCCGUAUCGAUACAGCGACAAUCGGACAUUCUUUCCUUCCUGUGCAACCGCUAUCAGCCCACCGCCCUCUGCUUGCAGGAGUUUUGGUUUGACUCCAGCAUGCACGAUCUCUAUCGAGAGCAGCUUGGGCAAAAGUUUCACCGGUUCAUGCUCAAGCGCCCAGGCCGUAUUCACGACGGCUUGCUCAUGGCCCUCGAGGCACCGCGGCUCCAAGUUAUCAGCCAAAGACGGAUCGUGCACGACUACGCCUAUCGUGUAACCUUGAUGCUGCACCUUCGCUUCCGCCCACACACGAACCCGGACACAUCAGACUACAUUGACUUUAUCCUCUGCAACACCCACCUCACCUAUCCAGCGCGCACAGAGGAUCACGACCUCCGCCUCCGCCAUACCCGACACCUCUUGACGGAGCUCGAUGCUUUCGAGCGGGAGUGCGGUCUGCGCCGCUCCCUGGUCGUUGGUGAUUUCAACGGUAAUCUCAGCUCGGCCUCGUGCCGCGCUAUGCUCGAGUACGUUUCCCUGCGCUCCUAUCUACGCGUCAUGAUGAGCUGUCUCGCUUUAUCCGUGAGAGGAUUGCCGGUUGUUGAUUCAUGCGUGGCCUCUCUUCCAAUACAGCCACGGGUUUGUUUCCUGCUAUGGUAA